AUGAAUAUAUUGGAUGAUGAAGAUGACCAAAGCUUUCACGCUACGCGUGACGGCUACUCCCAUUUGAGCGAUGUCGAAUGGGAUGCGGUUGAACGAAUGGGUUCAACCAUGGGCAUCCAUGCUGUUAGCGUCAUGCUAGAGGCUCUCAAUAGAGAUGCCCAACAUGCUACUAUCGCCAAGUUCAUUCAAAAUGAACUUGACGCAGAACGCGAUAAAUUUGAACUGUUGAGACAGCAGCAGGCUGCUGCUGGUGGGUCGAUGCACUCGCGACGACCCGAGACCUUGAAGAUUGACAUCUCCAAGUACAGGGGAGUCGAAGAGAACUCCCUCUUGAGAUGGUUCGUCGAAUUGGAUGACGCCAUAAGAGCGCGUCGCAUCGACGAUGGGGAAAUGCAAGUUGCAUUUGCCCAAGUAAAUCUGGUAGGACGUGCCAAGACUUGGGCACUGGGGCUCAAGUUGCACGACCCAUAUGCGUUUGGGUCGUUGGAAGUCUUCAAGUCGCGGCUCAGACAAACGUUUGAACCGCCUAGAGCUGAGUUCAGAGCUCGAACCGAACUCUUGAAGCUCAAACAAGUUAAGCGUGAUGUGCACGCUUACGCACAACAUAUACGACAUCUCACGAGUUGCGUAAGUUCCAACCCGUUUGAUGAACACACGUUGGUUUCGGUGUUCAUGCAGGGUCUUGCGGAUGGUCCCGUCAAGACUCACCUGUUCCAGCUUGAACUAGAUUCACUAGAACAAGCCAUUUCCAUUGCGGAACAGGAAGACUUCAGUCUGAGACAGGCUCGCGCCAGCUCGACAUCAUAUCGUCCACCGAGACGAUAUGACAGCGGAGGUCCAGAGCCGAAUGGAACUCUGUUACGUAGAUAG